AUGGCUCGCUCCUCUCACCCCUCUGGCUGGAGGGAGAUGACAAAUGGAGGGGGGCACCCCCACUCCAACCGCGGAGGCCAGACCGGGGGUUCCCACAGCACAACGCGCUACAUGCUGAAGAAACAGCACCGCCACAGACGCAGGUCCUCGUCGCCGAUGGGCAGAGUCAUUCUCAUCAAUGCACCCGUUGAUGAGAAUAGUCAAGAAAGUGAGGACAUUCACACAGUGACAGUCGCCAAGAGUCCAGAUGGGUGUCUGGGUUUCAGUGUCCGCGGGGGCUCUGAACAUGGACUCGGCAUAUUUGUCAGCAAGGUGGAAGACGACAGCUCUGCAGCGCACGCCGGGCUGACUGUGGGCGAUAAGCUGGUGGAGGUGAACGGGGUUAGUCUAGAGAGCAUCACCAUGAGCAGCGCUGUGAAGCUCCUGACGGGAAACAACAGGCUGCGCAUGGUGUUGAGACGGGUGGGCAAGAUCCCCGGCAUCCGCUACUCCAAGGAGAAGACCACAUGGGUGGAUCUGAUUCAUCGGCGGAUGGUGGUGGAGGAGAGUGGUCGAACCCCGUCAGAAACCAGUUCUGACAGCGCUCUCCGCAGGAUCGUACAUCUCUUCACCACCUCAGAUGACUACUGUUUGGGCUUCAACAUUAGAGGAGGAAAAGAGUUCGGACUGGGAAUUUAUGUUUCUAAGUUAGACCCGGGCGGACUUGCAGAGCGGCAUGGCAUCAAGAUGGGCGAUCAAAUCCUUGCAGCCAACGGGGUCAGCUUUGAUGACAUCACCCAUAGCAAUGCAGUGGAGGUCCUGAAGAGCCACACCCAUAUCAUGUUGACCAUCAGGGAAGCUGGCAGAUACCCUGCAUACAAGGAGAUGGUGGCAGAAUAUGGCUGGCUCGACAAUUUGGCCAAUGGAAGCCUUGCACCAUCCUCCCAGGGUUCAGAAUCCAACUCUUCUGCCUCCUCGCUGUCCUCCAGCACCCCUCUCAGCUCCCUCAGUGGUCUCUCGCAGGUUCUUUUUCCUCAUGUCUUUGGCUCCGAGAUGGUCGACGUCGCCAUCUCCACGGAGGACCGCUCCCGACGUCAAAGCAGCGCAGAGCGCACUGCUGACACCGCCAUACAGACUGACCCCUAUCCCCCAAAUCAACCAGACCACCACUCGAUUGAUGGGUCGUACCCCGACAGGCUGGUCGCCACGGAAACUAGCCGGACUGUAGGUGCCACAUUGCUGCUGAAGGACACAGUCAUACGAGGGAAAGGGGAAGGCCCGAGGGAGAUGGGUGGACCAGGAGAAGGAGGGCAGACGCGUACGAGGACGCUGUCAUCUGGGGACCAAGAAGUAAGGAAACACUCACCGAAGAUGGCAGCGCUGAUGGACCUGAGCCGACCACGGAAGCCAAUCCGACGUUCCCAGAGUCACAUCACUGUGUCAGAGGACAAACAAAAAAAGAAGAAACAACAGAAAGAGAAGAGCUCUGUAGAGGGUAAAACCAGCCUGCAGCGAUCUAAAACCUUUGUCAACCUGUUCUUCAAGAAAGACCGCAAAGAGAAAAGUCGCUCCAAGUCACCAUCUCACAAUGCCGACAGAGAUAAGGAGCGGGGUCGUCCCUUCCAGCUCUUGACCUCCCUGAGAGAAUCCCGUGCUGGGGUUAAAGACAGCAGCCCGCUGCCCCGACAAGAGACCCUGCAGCAUGUGGAGGACAUGGCAAAGAAACUGCUCAGCCAGGACGAGGUGGCGGCCGUGAUGAGACACUGUCGGCGGUUCUUGUCCGACAUUGUGAUUGAGGAUUUAGUGCGCCCCAUUUUGGCAAUCUUGGACAGACCAGAGAAACUGCUACUUCUCAGAGAAAUAAGGAUGUUGAUACCUACGACUGAGAUGGGUCCAUUUGACAGCAUGGUCAUGCCCUUUGAGCUUGAGGCAUACGAUAUCCUCAAAAGUCGCUCUGUUCGUUCUCCAGCUCUGCGCUCCCCUCGCAGAGGAACCCCUCGACGUCACCUCAUCACCCCAAUCCCAGAAGUUCAACAGAAACUGUUUGCAGAGUUAAAGCUGAAUUACAGAUGUAAUGUUUGCCCAGACUACAGGGGUGGAUUCCACCUCCAGCCAGUCCAGGACAAACUGCGGGAAUGUCAGCUGAUUGAGGAGCUGGAGAGAUUACGUCUGUCCAGCCAACGGUCAGGGCAUCUGCCUCCAUCUCGUGCCUUCACCCCUCUGCUGGAUGUACCUGUGGACAACUAUGUCUCUUCCAAUGUGCGUUCCCGCUCCCCGAGCCCCUUACCCACCCACAGCUCCCUCCUCAGAGAAUCACCUCACGGCUCUCAAUGUGGGCGCCAAACCAGUCGCCCCUCAAACAGAAGAGAGAACAGGGCGUCGCCGUACGACGAGGUCUCCUUGUUGUCCGUGUCCGACCGAGGAGACGCAGCUCCUGAACGAGGGAGGUCGCCUGUGAGGAACGGGCAUGGGAGAGCGAGGAGGGAGUUGAGUCCCGACAGAAUAGAUGGCAGGCAGGAGGGCUACACAGAGGUCAGCGUCCAUGUGCCUUCACAGCGGCGAGGGGGAACCCCUCUGGAUGAUGUGCUUGAGGCCCCGAGAGACAAGAGUCCAUCCACAGGCAGAGAGAGCAGUCGGCAGCUAAAUGGACAUUCACACAAUGGUGUGAAAAGGAGAGCAACUCGGACAACUGAGGAGUAUGAAAUCAACACGUUGACCAUUUCUAAGGCCAAACAAUCACUGGGUAUAAGUAUCUCUGGAGGUAUGGAGUCUAGAGUCCAGCCCAUGAUAAAGAUUGAGAAAAUCUUCCCAGGAGGAGCUGCAUCUACGAAUGAGGCUCUCAAGGCAGGAUACGAGCUGUUGUCUGUGGACGACGAGAGUCUGCAGGGAGUGACUCAUCAGCACGCGGUGGAUGUAAUACGCAGAGCAUUCAGCAACAAAGCCAAAGACCCGAUGGUUUUUCUGGUCAAGAUCUCCAAGGUCCCUACCAUCCCGACCAGCCCCAGGAGACCGGCAGACUAACUUGUGUGUGUCUCACAGUCAGACUACAGUUCAGGCAUGAAGGACACCAAAACUUGCAAUUCCUGCAGGAUUAAAUAAACUACAGGAUUCACUCCAGAAGAGAGGAUAUGGGACGAGUACAUCUUCGGUUCUGGUGGAGAGGAAUGGGUGCACUAAGGCAUUUGUCCUAUGUAAGGCAGAGUUAUGACAGUAGAUAUGUUAAAGAGAAAGGUGGACGUGUUGAAACAGUUUGUUCAUCCAGAUUAACAUUGUUAUAGAUCACUUUUGCUACUUUUUUCCUUUGUUUUUACGAAACGCAUAUAUUGCACAUUAACUACACACAAAGUACGUAAUAUGUGUUUUAUGAUAAGAUCAUGUGGUUCAUGAACUCCUCCUUGGUUAAAGUUGUGUCACUAUUUGACACGAGGCAACCUUGACACGACCUCUGCUUGUCAGUGGUCUUCUCUUUUCAGUUGGAGCAUCUCAGUCCCCCGCAGGCCUGCCAGAGGCUGGAGUAAUCUCCAGCCUGUGUUAUGAGAUUCAGAGAUGUAUACCCAGAUUAAACCCCUGUAUUAUGUCAAAAUUGAUAGUUUGGGUUUAGUGGAUGUCUGGGGGGAUUAUUACAAAUUGCUGCUCAGUAUUUUUGUGCUGCAUUUCUCUGGCAGAAGUGCUUGUGCUCUGGAGCAAUCCGCCACUUUAGAGGCUUAAUUACACCACGCUGUGGCCUGAGCUUAUGCAGACAUGUGGAGGAGUUGGAAAACAUGUCAAUGAGAAAUGCGGGACAUGAAGGCCAGUGGCACAGUUUAAAUCAAAGUAGGGUAGAUGAGAUAUGGGUAGCAAGGUGACUGGAAUGAGUGUGCAUAGUGCCUUACUUCUGCAGAUGGCCACUGGGGGAGACAAACAUUUAUAAAUGAAAGAAUGUUGGAAAGCUCAAGGUGAAAUGUUUCAAUUCAGACAGGCAAUUUUAUUUUAAAAUGAAUUUGAGCAUGUUUAUGCCUUUGAGAUUUUACAAAAUGCUUCCAAGUAUUUGAUUGAACUGCAAUAAACACUCAUUCAGUAUA